AAAACCAAAGAGUCUGGCCGAGUAACAGCACAGGCCUCAUAACGAGCAGUAAAUAAACCUCGAGCCUGCUUUUAAAAAACUGAACAAGUUUCAGUUCUCACCGAGGCUUGUCUAUUUAAAACAUCACUCCUCGUUAACCUAGCUUAAUCUGGUUAACAGGGAUACCGGUCGUAAUAUAUAUUCAAUUUUCAUACUCGGAUGACUUCCUGUGGUGUUACUCAGGGACAAAAAUUAAAUUUAUGUCUCCCUUCUGUGACUAUUUGCCUCUUUCACCCUAAUUCUUUCUGUCUCCUAUCCUUGGUUUUCCCUUUCUCCCAUUCUGCCGAGCAUUUUCCUCCGGAUCUUUCUCUCUCUCUCUCUUUCUUUCCGUUUCAACCCCACCUACUAUCUGCUUUUUACACACAUUAUGUCCGCAAGGCCGCCACUCCUUUUCCUCUUACCUUGGCAAAGAGACUUCGAGACAGGCGCAGGCGCCAGGAUCCACUUCUCUGCGCCAUGCGGAAAUCAUCUUGUCUUUAAGGGACACAUCUACAGGUUUCCUCUUGGGCAUCAGUGUAUUCUUGAAACCUACCUUGUAUGUUACCACAAAAUGCCACAAGUAAAUGAAGAAAGUGAGGGAUUAGGGCUAACUGAAGAGGGCCUUAUUCCAACAGACCACAAGCAGCAGCUGUUCUGUGAGGAUUGUCAGGAGUUCUUUGAAAAGAGAUGUCCAGUGCAUGGCCUGCCAUCUUUUAUAAAAGAUACACCAGUGGAGCUUGGGUUACCAUGCCGAGCCUUCUACACACUCCCCCCUGGUCUGGCAGCAGGACCUUCCCAGACUCAGAAAAACCAGCUGGGUAUCUGGUGUGUUUCUAAGGCACUUCCCAGAGGAAUAUUUUUUGGACCUGUCGAAGGAAAACUGGAAUGUGAUGACGUAAAUGGAAUAGCAUCCUUCAUUUCAAAGGAGCUUAGAGAAAACAAUGAAAAAGCUGGAUUGCCAGAAGCACAGAGGGUCAAUCAAUCAUUCUCAAACUGGAUGAGAUAUGCAAACAAGGCAAAAACAAAAGAGGAGAGCAAUGCAGUCAUUUUCCAGUUUUAUGGAAAGAUCUACUACAGGGUUUCUAAAACUAUCGAACUGGGUCAAGAACUUCUCUUAUGGCCAGAGGAGAAUCAAGUUCAAGUAAUAAAGGAUAUAGACAAUGUGCAUGAGGACAUUGAGACAGUCAAAGUUCACACAGAUGUGCUACAUGAAGAGCCCAUGGAUAAUGCACCAGCGCAUGCUGUUGUCGUGCCAGCCGAGCCUUCUCUGCCUAGGCCACUGUGCAGCAAACCACUUGUAGCUGAAAAAGAGCCAGAGUGCGUGAAAGUGGUGAAAAUAGAUCAGCCAGUUAAAAGAUCACAGCGGCUUCAGAUCAAACAUAAAACCCAGAACACGUUGUCAGAGAAGAGAGUGAGUUGGGUUGCCUUGGGGCGUCCACCAAAAUUAAACCGGCCCAACAACAUUGAAAAAAUGCUGUUCCCAGCCCCUUUCUCCAAACGGGAUGAUACUAAGAAACAGCAUGACCCUGGGAUUGACAAAUUGGCACAAGAUGUUAGUGAAAUUAAGCCCAAAAAACAGAAGAAAAUUAAUCAGUCUGGACUUGGUGAGAGGACCUUACGAUCAUCAACAUGCAACAAGGGCCCUGGAACUUGUGCUGCUGGGAGAGCUCGAAAGAUGCACACUGGGCUCAAUUCACAAACACUGAAGCAACAGGUACCAAAACAGGACAGGAGGAAGAAGGCAAUGCUGGGAGACAACCAGGAAAAGUCUAAAGAAGCAAACGAGAAAUGUUGCGAUCAAAAUACAGAAGCCAAAUCUUUAGAGAAUCACGAGACAAAGAAGAAACCAGGUGAUGAUUUGACCACACCAGACAAAAAGGUGGACGGGCAAAAACCUCCUGCUGAAAACGGAGAGCACAUGCGAGCUAUUGGCAAACGCAAACCUAAAACCAAAUCAGGGGGCAGGAGAAAGUUCUGCCGCCGUGACAGCUCCCAGAUCGACCCCAGUGAGAGAAGGUACAGAUGUGACGACUGUGGAAAAGGUUUCAUCCAGUUGUGCCACCUGAAGAAACAUCGGUUCACUCAUACUGGCCAUAAACCAUACUUGUGCAAUGAGUGUGGGAAGAGCUACAGCUCUGAGGAGAGUUUUAGAGCCCACCAGAUGCUGCACAGAGGCGAGCGGCCAUUCAAAUGUCAGCAAUGUGACAAGGCCUAUGCAUUGAAGCGAGAUCUCCGAGAACAUGAGCGGGUGCAUUCAGGGGAACGCCCGUUCGUAUGCGGUGAAUGUGGAAAAGCAUUUGCCAGGCCACCAUCCCUCCGGAUUCAUAAGAAGCUCCACCGCCUCAAGGCCAUGAACCUUGGCAACCCAAAAGCCUGCCGUUGCAGUGUAUGUGAUAAGGAGCUGGCCAACCCAGGCUCACUGAAGAACCACAUGAGGCUACACACGGGUGAAAAGCCAUUCACUUGCACGUACUGCGGUAAAGCCUUCAGGCAGAUCGGCAAUCUUCGGGGCCACCAACGAAUCCACACUGGAGAGAAACCAUAUAAAUGCGAGGACUGUGGAGAGUUUUUCUCCCAGUUGCCUGAAUUGCGGAGGCACCGGAUUUCUCACACUGGGGAGGUCUAUCUCUGUACAAUAUGUGGGAAAACUUUGAGGGAUCCACACACUUUCAGAGCUCAUGAACGCCUGCACACAGGAGAGAGACCCUUCAAAUGUAAUGAGUGUGGGAAGGCAUAUACCCUUGCCACCAAGCUUCGUAGGCACCAGAGAAUCCACUUGACUGAAAAGCCAUUUAAAUGUGACAUUUGUGGAAAGGGGUACACCAUGACCCAAAGCUUAAAGAGACACAGGGCAUCCCACAAGAAAAGCAAUGCUCGAAGUUUAGGGGAGGUUGCAGAAGCUAUCGCCUCUUUGGAAAAGGAAAGCUCUGAAAGCAAAACUCUUACUUUGACUCCAAAGCGUGUUAGGAAAGUCGGCUUAAAUACCGUCAGCCAAGAGAGUGCCGACUCGGGUGGAAACGAAAGUGUGGUUUUAAACCUUUAUGUGCACACCAUUGAAAUGGUGGAAAUCCCGAGUGCAGAACACAAGGAGAACAUGAUGUUAAAUACUGAUGAUCAGAGCUCAGGUGAACCCAGUGUUACAUUCCAGCAGGUGGAGCACAAUGUAACUUUGGAGACUGAAGGAGUCGUUGGAAACCCCUCGCAAGAUGUGGUUGCUCAGGCCCUGGUAGAAAGUCAGCAACCUCUCAAUGAAGAUAUCAUAGAAAUAAUUAUCCCGGACACUGAGGAUUAUGGAGAACGAGUCACUAGCAGAAACUGUGUUGUUGUAGAGCAAGAGAAAUUGACCAACAAUGCUGUUGUUAUUGAGGAGGAUAUUGGGUUUAAUACUGUUGCUGAGAUUAUAGAGAUAUCAACUGGCAACUGAACUCCAAUAACGGUGUCUUUAUUAGUGUGUGUGACUUGGUAUUAAAAUACAUUUCCUACA